CAUGGCCAUGCCUGCGCGCGACCUAAAGCGGGGCUAGGGUUUCGACAAGGAUGCGGGCGCUGGUCGCGAUUGGAGAUGUGAUCCAGGUGGAUCACCAGGACGGAAUCCUGAGAGGGCACGGAACGCAGCUUGUAGACGGGGAGCUGGUAGCCACUGUUUGCGGCACUGUCGAGCGGGUGAACAAGCUCGUGUUUGUCAAGCCGCUUCGUUCCAGGUACGAAGCACGGGUUGGAGAUGUUGUCAUCGGCCGAGUCACCGAGCUUGCCCAAAAGCGAUGGAAGGUGGAUGUCAACUCCAAGCAGGACGCACAUCUCAUGCUGUCCGCGGUGAAUUUACCAGGUGGAAUCCAGAGGCGGCGGACGGCCACCGACGAGCUCAAUAUGCGUUCUGUGUUUGUAGAAGGUGACCUCAUCAGUGCUGAGGUGCAAUCUGCGAGCCAGGACUCCAUCCACCUCCACACCCGGAGCUUGAAGUAUGGCAAGCUGCAAAUGGGCCAGCUUGUCAAGGUUGAGCCUUACCUCAUCAAGCGCUUGAGCCAGCACUUUCACAGCUUUGGGCAGUACCAGGUGGAAGUUAUCUUUGGGUGCAACGGCUACGUGUGGAUAUCAAGCGUUGCACAGCGUGAACAGCAGCAGCAGCAGCAGCAGCAGGAGGAUGGGCCGGCGAUCCCGAUUCCGCUGGCAACCAGGGAGAGGAUUUGCCGGGUGGGCAACGCUGUGAGAGCGCUGGCCUCGCAGGGGCUCGUCGUGUCUCCAGACUCGGUGGUGGCGGCGUACGAGGCGAGCGUGGGGUGGGGGAUUGAGCCCAAGGACAUGCUUGCGCGGGCCUUUGGUGAAAGGCUUGUUGCGCGGGAGAAUGACAAAUGAAAUAAUUUAGGGCUUGCGAUGGCG